AGCUUCCCUGUAAGAUCUGGAGUCAGGCAGGGCUGCCCACUCUCUCCUGCCUUGUUUGUAUGUUGCAUAGAGCCAUUUGCCGAAUCCAUCAGGAAGGAUGCGAGCCUGAGAGGGGUGACUAUUCCUGGCAGCGGGGGCCUACAGGUUAAGGCCUCCCUGUACAUGGAUGACGUCGCCGUUUUCUGCUCGGAUCCGCUGUCCGUGCACAGACUCCUGUGCAUCUGCGACCAGUUCGAGCGGGCCUCGGGGGCCAAGGUAAACCGAGGGAAGAGCGAGGCCAUGCUCUUCGGGAACUGGACCGACCAAUCCUAUAUCCCCUUCACCGUCAGGACUGGCCACCUGAAGGUGCUGGGUAUUUGGUUCGGGGGUGCUGGGGCGUGCGCCAAGACCUGGGAGGAGCGGAUCAGGAAGAUGAGACAGAAACUAGGCAGAUGGGAGCAACGGUCGCUCUCCAUCGCGGGGAAAAACCUGGUCAUCAGGCCACAGUCGGUGGGACAGAUCUCUGAGAGCAGUCUAUCAAGAUCGGGAGGUCUGCUGACACCCAGAGGAAGUUCCAUCCCGUCCGGGAGGAGCACACCGAGAGACACAACCAUGGGCUCACCUUCUGCAGGGUCUGGAGACAGUGUGUCUCACAGAUUGGCAUCCCGAACCCCGACACUGCUGACCGGCCCAGCCCCAGGGAGCGGGGGGCAGGGCUCCUCGGAGAGAUACAGAGAUACCGGGGUUCUCCUAUCCCACAGUGUGAGGCACCUCCCCUUGGCAGGUUACACCAGCCCAUUCAGGCUCAUCGGACUGAAUGACAGCCAUCGUGCCCCUUCAGUGACCAGCGAACCCCGACGCCCGAUUCAGUUGGUUCCCACACCACGGAACACCACCUUCCGACAGCCCUCCAUCCCACCCUCUCGAAAUGCCGUGGCGUAGGAGCAAGCGGGGGAGAGGCUCAGGGCGAUGGCGGAGGGGAUCCAGGCGCCGCUACCACGAGGGAGAGCGCCGUCCGGCAUCGGCUGGGUGCAACCAGCGGGAGGCGGCAG